AUGAAUACAACGAAAGGGGACAAUUUUGAAGAAGCUUUAGCUAAAAACAUUGUUAUUGUUUUUCUUGGCUUCAUAAUAAUCUUCAUAAAUGGAAUAUUAGUGGUAACAUUCUUCAAAAACUCCAUUUUUCACAACGACCCUCGGUACAUUCUGUACAUUCAUCUGGUAAUGAAUGAUAUGCUUAUGAUUUUUUUAUCCGUAACACUCUUUGUUCUGACAUAUAUAUGGCCUUUUGUAAAUGUUUCAGUUUGUUGCGCAAUACUUAUUAUUGGAACCACAACCACUAAGAACACGCCACUAAACCUGGCUGCUAUGGCUGUAGAGCGUUACAUUGCUGUUUGUAAACCACUGCAUCACCCUCAGAUCUGCACUGUACGUAGGACUUACAUCCUCAUAUGCCUGAUCUGGAGUGUGGGGUUUAUUCCUGGGUUGGCUGACGUCAUCAUUGUAAUUGCCACCCGGCCUUUAACCAUUUUUAACUCAUUUAUUGUGUGCUAUAUAAUCAAUAUAUAUAACACAAAAUACCAUGUGGACAAGACUGUUGUCAUCCAAGUUCUUUACAUGUCAGCUGUGUGGAUAGCUCUUAUCUUCACAUACAUUAGAGUAUUACUUACUGCCAAAAAAGCUUCAACAGACAGUUCUGCAAAAAAGGCUCAGAGCACAAUAUUGUUACAUGGGAUUCAGUUGCUCCUGUGUAUGCUGUCUUAUCUCACUCCAGUUUUAGAUAUGAUUUUGAUUCCCUUUUUCCCAGCUCACAGGACAAAGAUCUCCUUUUUCAAUUAUCUCCUCACAAACAUCAUACCAAGACUAUUAAGCCCACUCAUCUAUGGGAUGCGGGACCAAAAAUUUGUCAAAAAUGUAAGAAGCUGCUUCUCAUGCAAACAGAUUAUUGUAAAAGUAGAACCAACAUAA